AAUUAAACUUUAUACUCUUAAAAAUUAAAAUUAAAAUUAAAAUUAAAAUAGCGACUAUUUGGCGACAAAUUAGCGACUAUAGUGAAAAUUUUGGGUUUAAUAAAAACCGCGAAACCAAACCCAAAUUUUAAGCCCAAUUCGGCAUGCCCACUCGUUUUCCCUCUGAAGAAAACGCACAAAGGGAAUCAGAAACCCUAAUUUCAUUCUCACUCUCUUCUCCUUCCUCAAUCUCUUCCUCAAUCUCUUCCUUAGUCUCAAAUCGAAUCUCUAAUCAAAUCCCUCAUCGAAACCCUGAUUUCGUUCUACAAAUCGAAUCUCUUCGUCAAUCUCUUCCUCAAAUCUCUUGCUCAUUCUCAAAUCGAUCUAGCCAUGCCUCUAGCUAACAACAAACGUCGAGGCCGCAAGAGAUUAUCCAUUCCAAAUGUGUCUCAGAGGCCAGUCGGUUCCAAACCCAACACAUCGAAAAGAAAAAACCCUUUACCUCCUCAAUACGAGUUCACGCCGGCGCCAGAGGAGCAGAUUCCUCAGCCUGAGUCGCCCCUUGAGCAAGUCCAGCCAGUCCGCGUUUCCCCUCAACUGUCUACGUCAAGAGCUUCUCAUUUCCGGGACUAUCCACCGCCACAAAGGCUUUUCCAGAGCUCGGUGAAUCAACCACGUGAAGACCAUGGGUUGUCUGAACAAGAAGUCCAGCAGGAACAACCUCGACAGCAGGCACAGCCUCGACAGCAACCUUCUCGACAACAACCUUCUCGGGAUCCUAGACAGCAACCUUCUCGACAACAGGAACCUCGACAACAACCUUCUCGGGAUCCUAGACAGCAACCUCCUGAACAAGUGGAUCCUCCAGGAUCUCCACUUCAUCACUCUCAGGCUCAGUCUCAUCCAUCAUCUCAAGGGAAUAAUUUCCAGGAUACUUUAGAACCAAUGUUGCCGGAGCUACAGGAGGACACAAUGAGGGAUCUAAAUGCCUUGCUUCUGGUGCCAAACCGCGAGAAGUUUACCACCGUCCUCUCUCCAACACCGCUGCCAAACACAACUUGGUUUGAGCGCGAUGAAAAAUCAAGACUUGUUAGGAAGAUUACUAAAAUCUUUACUAACAAAUUUGAUGGUCCUUAUUAUAGUUGGACUUGUGUGCCUCGUGCGAGACAAGAAAGAUACUUCCUCGAGUUUGCGAAAACCCACACCUGGGAUCCCUUGAUAACAGGGACAGUUCAAUGGUGGUUCGAGGAAAUCUGUGGACGCCGGAUGAAGGACAUGGUAAGCAACGCAAGGACGAGUCGUGAAAAACCCGACUGGAUCUAUGAAGAUACCUGGAAAAUAAUGGUUGCGUAUUGGGAUACUGAAGAAGCACAGAAGAGGAGUCAGAUUUAUUCAAAGGCUCGUAUGUCUGACCGUAAUGGUCUCGGUCCUCACAUCCACUUGUCAGGGCCAAAGUCAUAUCAGCAAAUCCAAUACGAAUUGGAAGAACUAUUGGGAAGACCAGUGAGUCUUGGUGAGGUCUUCAUUAAGACUCAUACAAGGGCUGAUGGUUCUUUUGUGGAUCGGAAGGCAGAGAAAAUAGCUAAGGUUUAUGAGAAGAAUGUGCAACAGAAGUUGUCUGAGCUGGAGGUAUAUGAUUCGGACGGCGCUUCACGACCUCGAGAGCUAACAACAGAUGAAUAUACAGCCAUAUUUCUUCACUCCACUGAGAAGGAUUCAAGAGGAACUCUCUAUGGAGUUGGCAGCCUCAAGGGAAUUCUUAAAAAUGGCAAGCGCAAGCAACCCGGAGACUCUGCAUCUUUUGUGGCAAUCCAAGAGCAACUGAAGGAAGCUCAAAAAAAAAUCGAAGAGCAGGCUGCUGAAAAUACAAGGCGUGAAAAAGAGCAAAAGGAGAAGCUCGAGCACUUGUCCUUGGUGGAGAAGUACCUCCGACAAACUGAUCCAGCCUUUUUGGACUUCAUGAAGACUCAUUCGGCUGCAGAAACCACAGAGCCUCUCUCAACCGGUCUUCCCCCAACUUCUUGAACUCCUAUCUAUCAGCUUCUUGUUUAGGUUCCUUUUAAAUCUUUCCCCAAGUACAUAAACUAAGUUCUUCUCUCAGUUGUUUUAAAGACUUGUUUUUGUUUGGUAUGACUCAACUUUGUUUCUUUUAAAUGAAGUGAAUCUAUGUUUUUAGCUUAUU